CGCGCGCACGCUCCUCGGAGUUUAACGGUCGCGUGGGGCCAAUCUCCCGCUCCCGACCUAGGCGGAGGCGAGGACAGACCCUUUGGAAGUGUAGCAGAUUUCGCAGUGCUGAAUGUCAGCUGCUGAGGAUGCCUGUAGACGGUGAAGUGGCUGAAGAAGACUCGGAAGCCGUCUCCUCCUGCAGGAAGAGCAACAGUGUUUCCAAAUGACAGAGCUUAACAAUUUUUGUAUGAUAUGGAGGAUUUUGAUUUGGUGGAAACUUCACAAAAAACUUCACCUUCUUUAGAAUCUGGUAUCAAAAGUACUCCCCAUUCUCUUGGGUUGAGCUUACGUGCUAAUAGAAGUAGUCCCCACCUUAGUACAAAUGGGGUAUCCUCUUUCUCAGGGAAGACCGGACCACCAGUCAUUCAAGGCACAGUCGAAAUCCUCACUGCUUUAACACAAGAAUUGCAGAACAGUGGCCAGACUGACCCAGAACCUUGGAAGAACUGUGAGGCCAGGUGGUUGCAGCUGCUCAGGGUGGUUGAACGACAGUGCCAGGAGCAGAUUGUCACCCAGCAGGAGCGGUUCCAUAGGCAGAUCCAGCGAAUACAGGAGGAGAUAAGGAAGCUAGUAAAACUACAGAUCAGCAAUGUUUCCUGGCCUUCAUGCAGCAGCAGUUCUGUGAGUGAACAGGUGUCCUCAGAAAGCCAAAUGGGCUUCUUCUCUGAAAACAGUGAGAGAAAUGAGUCUGUUAUCAGUUACCCAGAGUCUAAGGAACCUGAGACACAGCCAGAAUCAUCCACAUGUCACCCAGACUGCAAUGUGGACAGCAGCUCAGUGAGUAGUGGCUACGGCACCUUCUGUAUCCUGGACAUGAACACUCACGGGGCUGAGGAGUCCACGGAACCCUUGGAGUCUGAGGCGGCUUCUCAGGGGCAACAUGAAGCCCCUGGGGUGCAGGCACAGGCCCCUGUAGGUGGCAUAGCAGCCAUUAACUUUUUCACACAUACCCCUGAAGAGCUUUGUGCAUCCCUGAAGGAAGAUGUAUCCACUUUUCCUGGUGAAUUUGAACAUAAUUUUCUUGGUGAAAACAAAAUUUCUGAAGUAUACAGUGGAAAAGCAAAUAGUAUUAAGUCUAUAACAUCAUGGGCACAAAAGCUGAAGCAGAACCAGCCCAAGCAAGCACAUACAGAAGAUGGCUGCUCAAGACCUAAGCCAGGGAAUGAGCCAAACCGGAAGCCUCCAGUUGAAACAUCUAAUCUUGCUGCUGCAGCUGUCCAUCCUUGUGCCUUUUACCUCAAUAAACCAACUGAAAGCCCAGGUUCUUGGAUGUCUGAUUCAGGAACAGGGUUGACUUACUGGAACUUGGAGGAAAAAGACAUGUAUCACUCUUUGCCUGAAACUUUGGAGAAGACAUUUGUACCAUCCCCUCCAGAGAGGCCUCUGAGCCAGGUCCUGUCUCUCGACCCAUCCAUUCACAUGAAGCCAAAGGAGAUGUCGGGGAUUCAGCCCCAUGGCUUUUUGAAUGCUCUGGAAGACAGAAUAUCCUUUUCACCAGACUCUGUUCUGGAACCAAGCCUGUCUAGUCACUCUGACAUUGACUCAUUUUCACAAGCAAGUCAUAACGCGUCUCAGGUAUCUGGGUUCCCCAAAUAUCCUUCAAGUAUGAAAGCAUCGCCCGUGGACACUUGGAAAAACCAUGCAUUCCAAAAUGAAAGCAGGACUGCUUCCACAAUCCCUUCACUCUACACCAUCACUAGCAACGAUAUCUCAGUCAAAACUGUAGAUGAAGAAAACACUGUCACAGUGGCUUCUGCCUCAGUCAGUCAGUCCCAGCUUCCAGGUACAGCCAACCGUGUCCCAGAAUGCAUUUCAUUGGCUUCCCUGGAAGAUCCUGUGAUGUUUUCUAAAAUCAGGCAGAACCUCAAGGAAAAGCAUGCACGGCACGUAGCAGAUCUUCGAGCUUAUUAUGAAUCGGAGAUAAGUAGUUUGAAACAGAAACUGGAGGCAAAAGACGUUUCUGCUGUUGAAGAGUGGAAGAAGAAAAAUGAAAUUCUUGUAGACAGGUGA